ACUCGGUUCAGUCAGUGAGUUAUCGACCAUUGUACAAACAAGUUUCCUGCUCACAGUGGAUAAUCGAUUUUAUUUUGGAAAGUGACAAAAGUGUUUUUUUAUAUCUUUAUAGUUGGAUUGAUAAAGAUUAGUAGGAACCUGCUUAGGCGUUGCAGUUUGGUAAUAGAAAGUCAUUGACAAAUAUAAAUUGAGCAUCUCGCACAAUAUACAAAUACGCACAAAUAACGCAGAAUCGGUGCCAAUCAGUCUUCAACAGAAGGAUUUGACUGACUUUGAAGACGGAUAAGUUCUUACAUCGCGAAAAUGGUCGACUUCUAUAUCUACGCCAAAGAUAAUUCGUUUUCAACUAUCGACAACAAGUAUUACCACAAUAACGGUGUGAACACUAUUGAACAAUUCAAGAAUGAUGUAGAAAAAUUAAGCAAGAACUAUUGAAUGCUGAGAAACAAUCGACAGAAUCCAAAGUUAUUUACUUACACUGGGGUGACCGGUGCGACGAAAUUGACGAAGAUAUAACUAGAACAACAUAUCUCCAACUCAUAGGUGGUUAUGAAGGUACAUGUCCGAAAACGAUUAUUGACUGGCUAAAAGAAAACUAUGACAUCUGUAAUGAAAAUAACAAAAUCAGGUUGCUGUACAUCAUCACGGAUGGUUUGAUUGACGAUAAUAGUUCACGAGAGUGUAUCGGUUCUAACCAGAAUAUGCAUUACGAAACUGUCGUGCUCCAUGCGUUUAAUGAAGAUCGGGAGCAAAUCGACCUUUCCGUAGCAUCGUCUUUCUUUAAAAGCCGUUGUAUGGUUUAUUGUAAUAACGAACUUUAUGAUAGCACUGACAUUUCCGUUGAGUUUGACUACGACAAAAUAAAUAUUAAAAACUUUGAUUCCGAAAAAGAUAAUUUAAAAUCGUACAUUAAAUUGAAGUUCCUCACUAAAUCCAAACGAGAUGCCAGUGCUUUGCACGAGAUCGACAAACUGAAGAAGCUACGAGCUCGAUUAUUUGAGGAGUUGACAUCGGAAUCGAACGUAAAACAUAACCAAGUUAACCUAGAAACAAAGGACAAAAGUUUAUUUCUACUUGAAUUUGUUCGUACCGAUUGGUAUAGGAGUCUCUUUAUUGACGUCCGUAAGAUGACGGUUGAAGUUGAGAAAUCUAUUGCAACGUUGAUCAAUUACAUCGUCAGCGAGACUAAAUCUUUCUCGUUUGACGCGUUGAAGUUUGACACGAAGUUUGACAAGUCCGUUGAAGAGGAACCGAUCAUUGACGUCAACUUCACAGCCGAACAGGAAAUAGCUUUCCCCGAUAUAAUUCUGGACGACGACAAAGGAAUCCCUGUUGUAAUUCUUUCAAAAUUAAAUUUGCUGGACAAAAUCAUUUUCCAUGAAAAUAAUUCUUCGGGUCAAGUCUUGCCUGCCAGUUUUAGUAAAUUUAAAUCAACGAUGGAGUGUCCAUUGUUUUUGAUGAACGAUAAAGACAUCAGUGAGUCUAUUGGCUACUUUUACACUUUGAAUGUUUACAAACAUUUUUUGGAAAACAAUAUUAACACUGAACCGCGAACACGAAGACCCUUUCAUGGCGGCCUUGUGCUGAUAGACACAGAUGAAUUCGAUAGAUACAACGACUACAUUCUGUCGGCGACGUACUUCGAUUCCAAAAAGAUUAACUUCAAUGUUGGGUUGUUCUACUACGUGCUGUGGAAGAACUGUGAUAACAAAGAAUGGAUGGAUAAAAAUGUUGUCGCACAGUUCCAAAAGUAUGCUAUGCGACGAAUAAGUCUAACAGUCUGCAAAAUUGGGCUGUCAUCUUUGCCAUUAGAUCCUCAAAUUAACACAUCGCUGCUAACUGCGUUGUGGUACUGCGUUGAACUGUCUUCUUGUAUUUUCAAAGAUGAUGCACAAAAUUUCAACCAAGAACGUUUAAGGAUGUUCUAUGGCGUAGCCCAUUGUAUGCUUGAAAUCUUGGAGUACUUUAACUAUAAUCUAGAUUUAAAAUCUAUUGAAAGACGUAAAGAACUAAUCAGCCAUGUGAUGAUUUUGAAGAGAAUACAGAAACGUAGGGAGAAAGUUUACUAUUUGUUGGAAAGGAUCUUUAAGACUGCGGAUGGUUUUCUCGUCAGUGAAAUUGAAAAGCCGUUUAAUCUCUACAAGCUGAAUUAUCUUAAAUUGAACCACAAAGAAAUUUUGCGCGACGAUGUAGUUGAAGAAACGGUUCAUUUGAAUGACUAUGUGCAUCUGAUGCAUUUCGUAGGUGACUUGGAAACUUCUGCAGCCGGCAAAAGCACCCAUGAAAUUUGCGAUAAGACAUUCCGUCCUUUCUUUACUAUCGACCAAAAUAAGUCAUUUUACACAGAAUUGGUCAAUAUUACUAAGAAAGUAGUUAUCAGCAACGACGAUGAUAAAGAAAAAAUUAAGGUAAACUACGAGUCAGCCGACACGCUCGAGUUUGAUAGAAUUCUAUCUCUAUACAAGCUGUUUAUUAGGUGCGUGAUAGAUUUGGAGAAAUAUCCCGCCUUGUCUGAGUAUAUCGAUUAUAUUUCUAAAAGAAAGAAAUAUAACAAUGAUUUAGUAACUAUUUUCCCGUCCAAUGUUUACAACAGCAUUUUAGAUGUGUAUACCAAAUAUCAGAUGAUAGUGACAAAAGUAGAUGUUAGUACGUUUAUUAUGGUGUGCAAAAGGUACGUUAGGCGAAUUGAACGUAUCAAAGCCGAAGAAAGAAUAAAGUUUGGUAGUGAAGAUGAAAUUAACAAAUUUAUUUCCACCGAGGAGUUGAAAGUUAAUUUUAAAAAGAAAGUGUAGUACCUAUAUAGGAUGUACAGAAUUUGUGAUGUGUAACUAACUAUAUUUAUUAUGCGAGUGAUUUGUUUUAAUGCAAUACACCUACUGACAUAUGUUACGAUUGAAAUAGUUUAUUAUACGUAAGUAGGUAACAGUAAAUGAUUAUAAAAUUGAUUUUGAGGAUACUGUUGCGACGUGUAUGCGAUUAUGUGAUGCUUGAUAGAUUGGUACUUUUUUGUAUGAUAUUUAAGAAUUUUCCUAUUAUUCUAAAAGUUAAGUUAAAUCCAGAGCAUAGUGUAAAUUUAAAUAAAGCCAACAAUGCAAAAAACUAACUAGAUUCAUCAAAACCCUUCUCCCCAACUCAAAUCCUGGAUCCACCUCUUCACGUCCUUGGCUUGCCCUAGCUAAUUAGCUAGGACAAUCAUCAAUGACGUCAAUUGAUGUUCAAACUCAUCACUUAUAAAUAAUGUUUAAUAGCCAACUCAAACGUAAAUUGUACACAUGUAGUACUAAGUAAACAGUAGUUACUAGACACCGAAUGAUAGACAUUUAUAAUGUUAUCUAUACUAAGUAUUAUAUAAAGCUGAAGAGUUUGUU